AUGGCUUCCAUACGCACGACCGAACACACAAAGACCGAUCAGGAGCUGGCCGUCAGCAUCAAGAAGGCUACCAGUCCCGAAGAGAUCUCCCCCAAGCGCAAGCAUGUGCGAGCAUGCAUCGUGUAUACAUGGGAUCACCGAUCUUCGCAAGCCUUCUGGGCGGGUAUGAAGGUCCAACCCAUCCUUGCCGAUGAAGUCCAGACAUUCAAAGCCCUGAUAACGGUUCACAAGGUGCUGCAGGAAGGCCAUCCUUCAGCCCUGAAAGAAGCAAUGGCCAACCGUGGAUGGAUUGAUUCCUUGAACCGUGGAAUGAGCGGGGAAGGAGUCCGCGGAUAUGGGCCCUUGAUUCGUGAAUACGUAUACUAUCUUCUCGCGAAGCUUUCUUUUCACCACCAGCACCCCGAGUUCAAUGGAACGUUUGAGUAUGAAGAGUACCUCAGCCUCAAGGCAAUCAACGACCCGAACGAGGGCUACGAGACCAUUUCCGAUUUGAUGGUGCUGCAAGACAAGAUAGAGCAGUUUCAGAAAUUGAUCUUCUCGCACUUCAGAAACGUUGGAAAUAACGAGUGCCGAAUCGCAGCUCUUGUGCCAUUGGUUCAAGAGAGCUACGGCAUCUACAAGUUUAUCACGAGCAUGCUGCGUGCCAUGCACUCGAUCACUGGCGACGAUGAUGCACUGCAGCCCCUUCGUCAGCGGUACGAUGCCCAGCAUUAUCGACUCGUCAAGUUCUACUACGAAUGUUCCAACCUCCGCUACCUGACGAGCCUCAUUACAAUUCCCAAACUACCGCAAGAUCCGCCGAACCUCCUUGCCACUGAUGAUGACGCUCCGGCGUUGCCCGCCAGACCGAAGCAGGAGAUCGAGCGCCAACCAUCUCCUGCGCCCGCCCCCAAAUCGGACGAACCAGACGAGAUUUCCGAAUUCUGGAAGGGCGAGCUGGACCGUCAAAACCGCGAGUAUGAGGAACAGCAGCGAGUCCUCGAAGAGCGCCAGCGCGCUGCUAUCCUAGCCCAGCAGCAGGCCCAGCAGCAGGCUCAGCGCGAGUUCGAAGAACAACAGCGUCGGCUGAUGGAACAACAACAGCGGGAACAGGAGGCGCUGAUCGCGCAACAAGCGCAAUGGCAAACCCAAGGUCGCCUGGCUGAACUCGAGCGAGAAAACCUCAACGCGCGAGCCCAAUACGAGCGUGACCAGCUGAUGCUGCAGCAGUACGACCAGCGCGUCAAGGCGCUUGAAGGCGAGCUGAUGCAGAUCCAGAACAGCUACGGUCACCAGAUAAGUAGCAAAGAUGACCAAAUCAAAGCCUUGCAAGAGCAAGUCAACACCUGGAGGUCCAAGUACGAGUCCCUUGCAAAACUGUACUCUCAACUUCGGCACGAACACCUGGAUCUGUUGCAAAAGUUCAAGGCGGUGCAGCUCAAAGCAGCGAGCGCUCAGGAAGCCAUCGAGAAGCGCGAGAAGUUGGAGCGGGAGAUCAAGACGAAAAACCUCGAGCUGGCCGACAUGAUUCGAGAGCGCGACCGAGCUCUGCACGACAAGGACCGAGCGACCGGGAGCAGCAAAGACGAGGUAGAGAAGCUCAAGCGAGAGCUGCGCCUGGCACAAGAGAGAGCGGACAACCUUGAACGCAGCAAGGGCAACGAGCUGUCCACAAUGCUCUCCAAGUAUAACCGUGAGAUGAGCGACUUGGAAGAGGCACUGCGAAUCAAGUCGCGGGCGUUGGAGGAGGCACAGAGCAAAAUUCGCAAUGGCGAUUCGGACCUGGAGCAACUCCUGCGCGAAAAGGAAGAAGAGCUUGAGGUGUACAAGGCCGGGAUGGACCAGACACUCAUCGAAUUGAACGAGCUCAAACAGAGCCAAGGAGAGACAGACCAUGCGCUCGACGGCCAAAUCGAUGCGCUGAUCUUGUCGAACUUGGACAAAAUCAACGACAUGAUUGACUCGGUGCUGCAGGCCGGUGUCUCGCGGGUGGAUGACGCUCUGUACGAGCUGGACUCGUCCAUGCAGGCGGGCAAUCAGAAUGCGUCGCCAUCAUAUGUUCUCUCCCAGAUUGAGAAGGCGUCUGGCAGUGCAAUGGAGUUCGCUACCGCUUUCAACAACUUUAUUGCCGACGGUCCGAAUAGCACGCACUCAGAGCUGAUCAAGGCCAUCAAUGUCUUUGCCGGAGCUAUUGCGGAUGUAUGCAGCAAUACAAAGGGCGUGGUCCGCCUGGCAACGGACGACAAGAAGGCGGAUGCCUUGAUGCAGGGCGCGAGGCAGUCGGCCCAAUCCACGGUGCAGUUCUUCAGGGGCUUGCAGAGCUUCCGCCUCGAGGGUCUGGAGCCGCUGCAGAAGACGGAUGUCGUCAUCAACAGCAACAACGACGUGCAGAUGAAGCUGCAGAAGCUCAACAAGCUGGUCGAGGGUCUCGCGCCGGGCUAUGGAAAGCUGAUGAACAACAAGGGAGACUUGGGAGACCUGGUAGACUCGGAGCUGAGCAAAGCGGCCGACGCAAUUGCGGCAGCGGCAGCUCGACUUGCCAAACUGAAGAACAAGCCUCGCGACGGCUACACCACGUACGAGGUCAGGGUUCACGACUCCAUCUUGGAUGCCGCGACAGCCAUCACGACGGCCAUUGCGGAGCUGAUUCGCGCCGCAACGGCCACUCAGCAGGAGAUUGUGCAGGCUGGACGAGGCUCGUCAUCGCGGACGGCCUUUUACAAGAAGAACAACAGAUGGACCGAGGGCCUCAUCUCGGCGGCGAAAGCGGUAGCCUCGUCAACCAACACGCUCAUCGAGACGGCGGACGGAGUGCUGUCGAACCGCAACAGCCCGGAACAGCUGAUUGUCGCAUCCAACGACGUGGCAGCGUCCACGGCGCAGUUGGUAGCGGCGAGCCGAGUCAAGGCGGGCUUCAUGUCCAAGAGCCAGGACCAUCUGGAGCAGGCAAGCAAAGCCGUCGGGGCAGCAUGCCGGUCGCUGGUGCGCCAGGUCCAGAGCAUGAUUCGCGAGCGAAGCCAGGAAGAGGACCAGGUUGAUUACUCCAAGCUUGGGGCCCACGAGUUCAAGGUUCGCGAGAUGGAGCAACAGGUCGAGAUUUUGCAACUGGAAAAUGCGCUUGCUUCCGCAAGACACCGGCUCGGCGAAAUGCGGAAGAUUUCCUAUCAAGAGGAAUAG